GGUAAUGAGUGGGCCCCUUAACAUUAAACGUUUUUACAAAUAUGAGAGAUGUAAAUACCUACAAUAUUUUUCUUUCGUCGUUUUUUUCGUCCACGUUACGGCAUAUUUUUACAUUUAAAGCACAAGACUUGCAUAAAAUUUCAUACUAUCCGUUCUUCUGCUUUACCUUAAAAUUAUGAUGCUUGCUAAACUUCAUAAGAUUUAGUACGAAAUAAAAACAGAUUGAGGAAUCAGAAAAUUAAUUAAAACUGUUGUAUUUAUUUAUUCAAAACAGACUUGAUUUCAGAUUUCAUAAGUUACUGCAACGUAAUUUUAUGCAGCAAUUAAUAAGUGUAUUUUGUGAAAUGUUCAAUUUAAUAUUCCAGAUACCAACCAUCACCAAGCUCAUUUAAAUUAUGAACGUUUUAAUCAUAAUUUUGUUAAAUGAAAGCUUUAAUUUUUAAAUACCUACGAAACCCACGUCCAAUUAUUUGCAUCACUAAUUAUAAUUAAUUAUUUGAACUACCUACCGAUCGAAUACGAAGCGCGUACAAUUUUGUGGCAAUCUCAAAUUUCGUACCGGGAACCCCGAACCGCAGACGAAAACAGCGCCAAGCCGAGGACCUGCUCAAACCGAACGUCUGCAUACCAAUCGUCGGUUUUUUAUACGCGCGUCGGUGCACGCCCGCCUCUGUGUGAGUGGCUGUCUCAGUGUGCGCGCUCUCGCGCGCGGGACGGACCAUUGUUGUGUGCAGUAGACUCGCGACCGGCGAACAUGCUCGUCUGCUGUUACUAAACAACCUCAAAAACUGCCGGUAAACAAAAAUAAUGACCAGUGUACCACAUUACGUGCGCGAGUGCCAACAGUGUGUGAUAACCAAGUAGCGUGCGUGCAGUGAAGUGUUUUCAAACGUGUUUUGGAGUUUCGAAGCCAUGCUCGAUGUGUUUAGAUAUAACUCUGCAAGUCAAACGGAACGCCUCAACCUUAGAUUAAGUUCAACCUGACAAAAGUUAUCUGUGAUCUCAUAUUAGUUUUAAAAUAGACGUACAAUGGAUGAUAGGUAGUGCGAUGUGUUGAAAAUGCCUCAUGCGCACACGAGCUCGGCCGCGAGCUCUGGGGGGGACGACCUGGGCUCCACGGACGAGGUGAAGGUGUUCAAGGACGAGGGGGACGGCGAGGACGAGAAGCGCAGCUCCGAGAACUUGCUGGAGGAGAAGUCGAGUCUCAUCGACUGGACUGAGAGUGAGGAAAAGUCAGGAGAGCCUUACUCGGGCAAAUUAUCUGUGAAGUCGGAUCUUAGUCCUGUUUUUGGUAAAUUCGACCCGCACCCAGCGGCCGGCUUCAAUAUGGGAUACCUCAUGGCUCCUUACCCCUACCCCAACGGUGGGGCGCAUCCCCUGCCCGUCUCAAUGGCGGGCAAGAUGGGCCUACCAGCCGGUGGCAGUUUAUCCCUGUUCUGCCCAGGGGGUGACCUCGGGCAGCCUCCCCCAGCCCAUAUGGGUAUUCCCCCGCCUUACCAGCUAGACUCCAAACUUGCGGCUGGGCUGGCGCGGACUCCCAUGUACCCCUUCCCGGGGGGCACCUACCCCUACCCCAUGCUCAGUCCGGAAAUGUCACAAGUGGCGGCGUCGUGGCAUACCCCGAGCAUGUAUCCCAUAUCCUCGGCGGCCAGCAGUUUCCGAAGUCCGUACCCCACGUCGCUGCCGAUCUCCACUUCUAGUCUAUCGAGUGAACUGUACCGGUUUUCGCCAACGCUGGGUGGAGGCCUAGGCCUCGGUCUAGGCCCCGCGCUAGUGCCCCCGCCCCCCUCCAAGGCUGACCUCGAGUCCCACCACGCGCGGUAUGCGAGGUCACUAGAAAAGGGCAGCAGCAGCGCCAACGACAAACCCAACGAGGGUACAGUCAGCAACAACAGCAAAGAGCAGAACAAGAAGCCGCACAUAAAGAAGCCUCUCAAUGCCUUCAUGCUGUACAUGAAGGAGAUGAGGGCGAAGGUCGUGGCCGAAUGUACCUUGAAGGAAUCGGCGGCUAUUAAUCAGAUAUUGGGAAGACGGUGGCAUGCGCUGGGCCGCGAGGAGCAAGCAAAGUAUUACGAGUUGGCGCGACGCGAGCGCCAGCUGCACAUGCAGCUCUAUCCCGAUUGGUCGUCUAGGGCUAAUACGCAAAGGGGCAAGAAGAGGAAGCGAAAACAGGAGACAACCGAUGGAGGAAAUAAUUUGAAGAAGUGCCGAGCGAGGUACGGCCUCGAUCAACAGAAUCAGUGGUGCAAACCUUGCAGGCGGAAGAAGAAAUGCGUGCGCUACAUGGAAGCGCUGGCGGCCGCGUCCGGGACGAUGGGGGUGGGGGGCCCGCCCGCGACGCCGCAGUCGCCGUGCUCCGAUGAGGACGUGAAGCUCGAGGAGCUGUCGGACGCGUCGGACGACGACGGCGACGCCGACACGCCGCUGUCGGCGUCCAGCCCGGGCGGGCUGUCGGCGCUGUCGUCGCUGGCGUCGCCCGCGUCCGACCCGCCGCCGCCGCCGCGCCACCCCGUGGGCACCAACCCGCGCGACGCCAACAACCCGCUGUCCGUGGGCCAGCUCACCAGCCAGUCCUGGCCGCGCGCGGCGCAGGCGCGGCCCGGCCACGAGGUCAUCUCCGUCUCCUAGUGCCGGCCGCUCGGCGCCGCCUCCGCACGGGGUUCGCGGCGAGGCUGACUCAGUGUUUAGUGGACGGUGCUGCCAUCUCGAGGCGGGGACUGGCGCCCUCUAGCGGCCGCGCCCCGAGGCGAGUCGUGUCGGUUGUGAUAACUAAACAAGUAGGUACCCCGUAUACUGAUCCUUCGAUAAACUUUUACCGUUCGCGGAUACAUAUGACGUAAACGAAUACCGGCAUUUCGUGUGCUUUAUUUUCGAGAGGCCUAAUUGAAAAUUCAUCUUCUUUUACCAAAUGCUCGGUAUUCUUUUACGUCGGUCCGUAUAUGUAUAAAUGUACAAUUGACAUUUCAAAUUGACCUUGAGUUUAUGACUCUUAACAUUUAAUUAUAAUACCUCAUAUGUUGUCAUUUCUAUUUUUUCAUAAAUUUAAAGUCGCUUUGAUCUCAAUUUGAGCCCCAAUCGAGUCAUUUAGCAUCUUGUAUGACAGCACCCACAGAUUUAUUUUUCAAAUUUUUUCUUCCACACAAUUUUGGGGUUUUCAGUUGUCAUUGCUGAAUGUUAUUUCUACAGCAUGCAAGUUAUUUGUUAUUAUUUUAAAACCCUAAUAUUGUGUCUAUGAACUAGUCACAUGUCAAAUGUGCCAUUUACACCUGUUUUUAAUCGUUUUUGGAUUUGAAUUAUAAAAAUGUGGGAAUACUAAAGUACAUGGCAUAUGUUAAACAUCAAUAAUUUAAGUUUCCUUACAUUUUGAUCUGUUGACAUGUAAACUGACUGCAUUGUAACUGUGUGACUAUUUUUCAAAAUAAACUAGGUUGAUUUUAACGCCAUCUAUAUCGUCAUAGCCAAUAACACAAAUCUUUUUUAUAAUAAUCAUAAAAAUCUAGACCGUUUUUUAAGACUUAUGCAGCGGGAUUAAAUGUCACAGAUUGAAAACGCACACUUAUUACCAUAAAUUUUCAAUUCACUUGUUCCGUUCAUUGUACUUAUUAACAAUAUCCUUAAUUAUUAACUGAGAUUAAACAGUGAAAUAUAAAGUUAUGGUAAUAUUGCUAUGGAAAGUACUGCUAACUCUGUCACAUACAUUGCUCUCUUAUGGACAUUUCAUUUAAACAUCUUAUUAACGGAUUCAACUCAAUAUUUACUUCAUACGUCUAUCUUACAUAUAAUUUCGUGUAUUUUUCUAAUUAUGUUUCAACUAAUUACUUGAUAUAGUGAAAUUCAAAUAGAAAAAUACGCCUGGGAAAUGUCAGGAAUGAACGCAGGCGGGAGCCGCAAACCUUUUUUAGGUUGUUUAAGUUAUUUCGAGUUGAAUUUUUUAAUUAAGUUUUUUCCUUAAUGUUUCAUCGGACGGCCUGCACCGAUAAGGUUCCAUGUAACGUAGUUUAAUUAAGAUAUAGUUUUAAAAAGAAUAAUUUCCCUUUGUAGCAUGUUUUUGUAAAAAGUUAAAUGUAAGAUGACACAAAGGGAAAAGGAGUUUUUUUCCGUUGUGCGGAACAAGUUAGACUGUCGUAGGGUAGUUUAGGCACGUUGUAUGAGUGAAUUUGUAAAUCGGGAUUUGGACCGAGUGCUCUUUAAUAUAAGGUCGUAUUUUUAAUGGAGUUUGAUUUUUAAUUUGAAUGGAUUUUAUUUAUCCGAUAGGCUUUUGACUUUUCUCAAAGAUAUAUCAAGCAUGCGUUACAAUCAUGAAAUUCGAUUUUGCAUGCAUUUGUUUGUUUAAUUAAACAAGUCUUAUGAAAAUACGACUUUUUAUUUCCCUAAUGGUUUCACUUUUAUUACGAUGUGUUAAAGAGCAUUUAGGUACAAUUUAAACCACUGUAUAUGUGUAAGUACAUAUAUGAUGUAAAAAUAUAAAAUAUAGGUUUAAUAUAACUGUGUCAUAUUAGAAAUAAGUGUACUAUGCUACUUAUGUAUACAUUAUUACAAUAUAAAAAGUUUAAAGAAAAAUAUUAGCGGAAUACUGACUUGAAACAAAAAAAUGUAUAAUGAAAAAUUUAACAGGAUAAAUUGUAAUUUUCAUAUUAUAAUUUUUACAUUUCCUGGGAUUAUAAUAAAGAAACAGAGUGUAUAGGACUCGACUUUGUAAAUAAAUUUGUAAUUCAUGAAUAUUAGAUUUUUUUCGGUUAAAAAAAUAUUGCAUUUAUAUUAUUAUUAAAAUACCCUCGGAAUGUUCUCGGAUGGUUUGUUUUAUCCAACAGUUCUUUUUGUUAAUUACUUUUUAUUGUUAUUAUUAAGAUUUUUAACGUUGUUGACUGCAAAUCAAGCCAUAUUAAUGAAAAUCACUUGAUUUAACACGACUUUUAAAACUAUUAUGAGCCCCGUUGAUUAAAACAGUUGACUAUCGUGAUCAAUGAUUUUUAAUUUUGACCAAAUCUUGAUCAUUUUAAGCAUUUUUAAGGUUUUUGACCCGCUAGCUUUGCAUAGGAAAUAAAUGUGCAAUACUGAACAUGGGUACUGUAUAAAACUAAAUCUUAAAUAAGAUUUUUUUGUAAAUUUAUAUUUUAAGGUACUUUGAAUUUUACUAUUAUUGAAUUUAUUUUCGUUUCGCGCAAAAAUAUGAUUUGAUUUAUUUUGACGGUAUUAUAAUGAAAGUGCCAAAACCAUCUAGAACUGAAUUUUGCCAGGGAAAUAAAAUGGAUUAUAAUAAAUAUGUAAUUUACUCUUAAUGUCUGUGCCAAAUUGAUGAUGAAACUGAACCGAUACUUACAUAAUAAGGAUUGUUUGGAUAAAUGAGUCCUUGUACAAUAAUAUGUUACACAACGAAGGCCGCAUAAAUAUCUGACACGAUCUUAUUCAUAGAGCGAUAAGAGCGUGUCACAUAUUAUUGCGGCCUUCGAAGAGUAACAUAUUAUUGCAGGCAAUGGCAGCUAAUUUAUUUUAUAAAAUAAAUCAUUUAAGCACACGUUUAACGGUUUUUUGCAUGGAAUAAAUCGUAAAUGGACAAUCAAGGAAAAAAGUACAUAUGAGAUUUAUAUGUUCAGUUCAAUAUUUAAUGUAUUGUUGUUAAAAGAUCCUGAAAAAUCUUUUUUAUUAGUAAACAACGAAUUGGUUACACGGACUUUUUUUAUCCAAACCAUCUUUCAAGCCAACCUACAUCGAUGUACAUUUUAGUAUUGUAUGCGUUACGCCCCUAGCAAUGAAUAAAAACCAUUAAAAAAAGUUCAACCAUAAUUGUACAGUCAGCGUCAAUAGUAGCGGAUGAAACAACGCGCCAAAAGUAUCUGAUAUUCCGGAUAACUUUUCCAAAUAUAGAUAAAUGUCUAAAAUUUACAUUCAAAAGUAUAUCUAUUACCGUCUUAAUUAUUCUACAUAUAUAACCACCACAUUUUGUUAAGCUGUUUCAGAAUGGUAGAUACUUUUGAAACCUUGUUUGAUCCGCUACUUCUGAUGCUGACUGUACAACAUAAUAAAUAUAAUUUAAUUUUAAGAGUGACCAUACUCAAAUUAUAUGCCUCUCAAUCAAUAUCAUGAAGUUAUAGCUUUGCAUGCCAUUGACAAAGUGUGACAGUGUCAUAAUUAAUGUCAAAUUUCUAUAAAAUGUUGACUUUUAUAAUGACACUUUUUCACUUUGUUCUGUUCAAGUCGGAAGUUAGCUUAGACGGAAUCUAGUGAUCUACGGACUAGGUUUUUUUAAACUUUUAUUGGAAAUAAAAAAGCACUUGAAAUAUAAAAAAUGGACGCAUAUGUAAUAUUGUCUUCACUGUACUUUUGUACGUACAAACAGCCACAAUCUUAACUGUUCCUCCCUUUAACAAACCAUUAACCUAACUGUCCAUGCCUUUUAUAUAAUAAGGUCCACCGAUGGACAGUUAACAGUGUGGGCGAUGGUAUAUUACUGAGCAUUAUUUGCGCAAAAAAAUUAAUAAUUGCUAUUGAAAUAAUACUAAAAUCCGCAUCGAUGAACUGGUAACUCUGAUACCUCGGUUAUGUUGAUAGGUGUUAUAGAUUGUUUUUAUUGUUAAGCGGAUAUUGUAAAGAAGAAUACGCAAUAUUUUUUUGUAGAAAUUGUCAAAUUAGAAGCAAGGUUAGGUCUGGCCCGUGUCUUGUGUUCAGUUGAACGAAUAUUAUUUUAAUAAACAACGUAAAAAUUGUA